ACGGUUUCUACCUUUGCUGUCGCUCAUGUGAUGACGUCGUAUCAGGGCGCCUGAAUCGUAACGCUUACAACAUCGGCAGACUGUGUUUUCGCUCGACUGCUGCAAUUUUUACCUUUUGUGGAGGAUUUGUCUCUACAGUCCAUCACAAUCAUGAAACUAGUCAGGUUUUUGAUGAAACUCAGCCAUGAGACGGUCACCAUUGAACUGAAAAAUGGCACCCAGGUCCAUGGCACCAUCACAGGUGUUGAUGUGAGCAUGAACACCCACCUGAAGGCGGUUAAAAUGACCCUGAAAAACAGGGAGCCCACUCAGCUGGAGUCACUGAGUAUCCGUGGAAACAACAUUCGCUACUUCAUCCUUCCCGACAGCCUCCCAUUGGACACCUUGCUGGUUGACAUCGAGCCUAAAGUCAAGUCAAAGAAGAGAGAAGCAGUGGCUGGACGGGGAGGAAGAGGCAGAGGACGAGGACGCGGCAGAGGGAGAGGAAGAGGCCGGGGCGGCCCGAGGAGAUGAUCGCUUGGCUUUACGUUUGCGGGCCCCCCACCCACUGUUUGUACAGGAAUCUUUUUUUUUCCAGAAGAAACAUUUUGUGAAAUUCCAUGUGUUUUUUUGUUCUAUUUUUUGUUCCUUAUUUUGUACAUUAAAACCCUUGAGGAUAAACCUGA